AUGUUCGGCGCACUCAAUCGGUUCAUCUCACGCCUCGAUGCGGACCCUAAUGCCACCGGCUCCAACCCAUCAGCCACUCCUCCCUCGAACUCCACCAACACCCACUACGGCUUUCAGGUUCUGCGCAAUACCAACCCAUCACUACCUCUAGACCCCUGGUUCGACUUCGUCAUCGGCAUCAAUGGCCACAACAUCACCAACUCUAGCCCGCACCUCUUCGCGACCGAAGUGCAAAACUGCGCGGGCUCGACCAUCUCCCUUGGUGUCUACGGCGCCAAAGGACAGGCCAUUCGCGAAGUUUACGUCUCCGUGCCGCCCAAGGAGCAAGGUGCCAUCCUCGGUCUGAGCUUACAAUGGACCCCGCUCAGUGCCGCCGAGGAGGUCUGGCAUAUUCUCGACGUGAUCCCAAAUUCUCCAGGCGACGUGGCUGGUCUACUUCCCUACUCUGACUACGUCAUUGGCAGUCCUGAAGGUCCCAUGUACGGCGAUGCGGGACUGGGACAGCUGAUCGAAGCAUUUAUCGACCGGCCUUUGAGGUUGUUUGUCUACAACCAGGAAUACGAUGUCACUCGCCUGGUCACACUCACACCGGCGAGAAAUUGGGGCGGAGAGGGUGCGUUGGGGUGUGUGCUGGGGUAUGGAGCUUUGCAUCGUAUUCCGGCUCCGCUUGGCGAGCCAGCGAAUGGCCCUGGCGAGACUUUAUUCGAGAGUGGCGGGGAUGAUCCAUCUCAAGCGACUGCGACGCCGCCUCCUCCACCGCCGAAAGCGGGCGGCAAGGCAAGGAAGGCGAGGGCGCACCCAGCACCUGCAAGCGGCGGAGGGUUGGAUGACUAUUUCGCCGAGGGCGAGCAGAAGAGUCGUGAGAUGGAGGGCGGCGGGUCGACGCCGAAGCCGAGCGCUGCUGGACUGCCUCCACCACCGAAGAGUGGACCUCCGAAGGCUGCUUCGCCGGCGCCACCUGCUGCGGCGGAGGAGGGCAAGGAGAAUGAGGAUGGAGAGGUUGAUUGA